AUGGCUCCAAACGACGAGCUCGCGUCGCGCACCGACCCGUCGUCGUCCACCGACCGUAACGUCAAGCACGUCGUACUCGGCGACCUGCUGUUCCCGACCUGGUACCAAUCCAUCUACCCGGAAGAUCUGGUCACCAAAGACACAGACCGGUUGUACGUCUGUCGAUGGUGCUUCCGCUACUCGUGCGACGUGCAUGCCUACGCGAAACACACGCGCCUCUGCCACCACCGCACCACGCCCCCCGGAACCAAAGUCUAUGAUCACGGCGGAUACUCCGUUUGGGAGCUGGACGGCGAAUGUCACAAGCUCUACGCGCAGAACCUGUCCUUGUUCGCCAAACUUUUCCUCGACCACAAGUCCGUUUUCUUCGACGUCGUCUCCUUCCUCUACUACCUCCUCGUCUUCACCGACCCCAAUGACCCGGAGAACUACUACGUCCUGGGCUUCUUCUCCAAGGAGAAACUCUCCUGGGAUGCGAAUAACCUCGCCUGCAUCCUGGUCUUCCCGCCCUAUCAGCGCAAGCAGCUCGGGAAGUUGCUGAUGGGCGUCAGCUAUAAAAUCAGUUCCUGGGAACGCGACAGCGGGUUGAUCGGGGGUCCGGAACGCCCGUUGAGUGAAAUGGGUCGCAGGAGUUAUACGCGUUUCUGGGAGGAGCGAAUAGCCAGAUACCUUCUGUUACAGGGCUGGGAUGAUGCCGAGGACGCAGGGGAAGGGGAGGCGGAGGGGGAGGAGGAGGAGAGGUCUGGAAAACACCCCCACGAGCUCAUGACAGUGCAGGACAUUGGAUUGGCCACGGGGAUGCUCACCGAGGAUGUGGUCACGGCUCUGAAGGGUUUAGGGGUCGUGGAGUCCGCAACGCCGGCGAAAAAGCGCAAGGCGAAGGAUCUAGUAUCUGGCGAGGCGGGCCUCGGUGAGGGCGAAGCCGUAAUAAUACGACGAGCCACGGUUCUCGAAUGGGCCAAGGCACACCAUAUGGCUGUGCGAGAUCCGGUCAGAGAUGACGGCUUUCUCGGGAAAUGGGCACCAAGGGACUCCGACGAUGAGAGCAUUGCGGAUAGUGCGGACGGUGAUGUGGAAGACGAAGAUGAAGAAGAAGAAGAAGAAGAAGAAGGAUAAAGGCACUACGGCUGUUCUUUUCCGGCAUUUCCUUUCGACCAUGUUCUUCUCGCGCUGGGGAAGCAACAUGCCCUGUAUGACUACCUAUUUAAUCCACGUACGCUACUGCCCGUAUGAAUGCAAC